ACGACAUGGUGCUCGAGGCCACCAUCAUAUGCAUCGAUAAUAGUGAUCAUGUUCGGAAUUCCGACUAUCUGCCAACACGUUUACAAGCAGAAGCUGAUGCUAUCAAUCUUUUAGCGGGUGCUAAAACGCAAUCUAAUCCAGAGAACAGUGUCGGUGUACUCAGCCUGGCUGGGAGUGUACCAAAAGUUCUUGUGACUCCAACUGAUGACCUCGGGCAAGUGCUUAAUUCAGUCCAUGGCAUAUCAACGGAGGGUGCAGUCAACUUCUCCACAGGAAUACAGGUGGCACAUCUUGCAUUGAAGCACCGCCAGAACAAGCAUCAGCGCAUGCGCAUCGUUCUUUUCAUUGGCAGUCCGAUUAAUACCGAACACGGUGAGCUCAUCGCAGUUGGGAAAAAGUUGAAAAAGUGUAAUGUAGCUGUUGACGUUGUCAGCUUCGGUGAUGUGCAAAAGAAUGCUGAGAAACUCAGUGCCUUUAUUGAAGCUGUGAGUAAAAAUGGGAACAGCAACCUGGUAACAGUUCCUCCAGGGGAGAUUCUUGCCGAUGUACUCCUCAACACACCCAUCUUUCUGGAUGAAGAUUCUUGCAAUCAUGGAAGCGGAUUUGCAGCAGCAGCAGCAGCAGCCGCAGGUCAAGUUGCUCUACAGGGCUUCAACAGCACUGCUGGUGUCAAUGGGGAAGAUGAUCCAGCACUUCUUAUGGCACUGCGUGUAUCGCUUGAAGAGGAGCGUGCACGACAAGAAGCACAAGCACAAACUGCUACAGACGUGAAUGCUCCACCCACAGACACGAAAGUCUUGACAGCCACAAUUAUUUCUGAUGAGGAAGAAAGAACUAUUUCCCCAUCGAGCAUUGGUGCAGACUCGGUGUUAAGCGACAGUGUUCUUCUCCAGCAAGCUUUCGCGCUUUCAGUGGAGGACACAUUUCACGAUGAUAGUGUCCAAGAUGCAUGCGUUAAUGAAGCAGAAUUUAAAAAUGAUCAUAGGCAGGCUAAUCUGCAUGCAAGUGAAGGCAAAGAGAAAGAAGCGGAGGAUACUCAGAAUAAAGGGGAUAGAUAAAUGAGACCUGCAAGUGAAGUCCUAGUAAAUUUUAGAGCUGACUCAUAAAUGCUUGUUUGUGAAAGUUGGUAAAGUGCAUGCGAAGCAAGACGAUGAUAGUAUUGUAAGCAAAAUCGAUUUGACGUGAUUC